AUGGAGCAUGGCUACACUCUGUCUGCGGGCCGUAUAUUUCGGCCGACAAUUGUCUACCAGUGUCCGGAUGUACACGUAGAGCAGGCUCCAAGCACCGCGCUUGGUUCAGCUCACAGUAUGUAUCUCUGUCCAAGCCUCCAUAGUACGAUGGAGAAUUCCGUCGUGUCGAGCUGGUGGUCCAGGACACCGCCUGGAUUAGUCAAUACGCGAUCGGACUACUAUGACCCCCCGUCUUACAUUGCCUGUAACAACCCCAUGUGUCUUCCCAGGUGGGUUACGCCAGAGUUUUCUAAAACGGACUUCUCCAGCCGUCCAAGGCUGUUUGCCACUGCGCCAUCAUUACCAGUUACGAAGCCUGUCUCAAAAGAAUUCUCGUUGCUCCGUCCCGAUGUCAUUUUGUCGGGAAACUGUGAACCCAUAAACACUGGGUCCAAGUCAGAUACACUGACCAGGCUCAAGGAAUUUGUCAACAUUUCCCAUGGCGGCGUUGAUCCAGUCUCCAUCACCGAAGUCGCCGCUGGUGGAACUUUGGAAGAGAACACGAGAUCGAGAGAUGAAAAGAAGAUGGAAGAAAAGAGAAGGCGUUUCCCGUGUCCAAUUUGCGACGUGUCGUGUUCCAAUAAUGGUCAACUUCGUGGCCACAUACGAGUUCACACAGGCGAGCGUCCAUUCAAGUGCGACAACCCGUGUUGUGGUCGCGCCUUCGCUAGAAACGAAGAACUGACUCGACAUAAAAGAAUCCACACCGGCCUCAGGCCGCACCGUUGUACCAUCUGUAACAAACGAUUCGGCAGGAAAGACCACCUGACCAAACACAUCAAAACUCACCUCAAACCCGCCGAAAAGAAAACAUACGUGUGCGAAAUGUUCGGAUGUGGCCAAAAGUAUAGUCGGUCAGAUGCACUGGCAAGGCACCAGUGGACGGCUCAUUCCGUGAAACCAAAAUCAAACUGUAGAAAAAACACGACGCCGCAGCAGUAA